GCUGAAACGAUGUAUCACAGGUUCCUUGGCAUUCCAUUUCUACUUGUGAUUUUGGGCCUAGCCCAUGGUGAAGAAGAUGCAGGACUACAGCCUGUUAAUACAUUGAAGGGAAGUGGAAAUGCAGUUAUUGAAAAAACAGUGAUUUUACCUGAAAGCCCACCAUUAAAUGCUGUAGAAGGAAAAUUGGAGGUUGCACCUCCAUCUGAUGGAGCAGAUGUGGGCGUUGAAGAAAAACCUUGGCACAGAGGUAGACAUGGCCAUAAAAAGAUAAAAGAAGGCAAACAGAAAGGAAGAUGGCAUAGUAAAAAAGGUCAUCGACGUAAACAUAAAGGCAGAAAGCAUGGCAAAAAGGGGAAACAUUGUAAAUCUGAAGGUGAUCACAAGAAGCAGGAGAAACCUGAGUAGCGAAAAGGUCUUGCUGGCUUCAGGGUGACAAGUGAUUCCACCCCUUACUGCAUUUUGUUAACAUUAUUUUAUGUACAAGAAAAGUUAUACCUAUAAUCACCAGUCCUUCAGGAUUGGGAUUCAUUGCUUCUCUUCCAGGUUAAUGGGGAGAAAUGCUUUGCCUUGCAUGUUGGCACUGAGCUGCAAGUUUUAACAUGAUUAUAGCUUCCUUUUCUAGAUUAUGUAGCUUUGAUUGCCAUGGCAACAUUUUUAGAAGAUACAGUCACACAGACAGUAAAUAUAGCUAUUGAGCAUAGACCGCAUCAACAGCCUAAUGUAACCUUGGAUCACAAUUAAGUGGACAAAUAUCCCAAGGAUCUGUCUGCCAAACCCACUUGAGUGGGUAAAUUGAGCUUAUCCAAAUAGUUCAACCUAGGCUCAAAGAUUGAAUCACAUGGAGGUCCCAAUCAUAGUUGUUGGGAAUAGACUACAUCAAAAGCCCAAUGUAACCUUGACUAGUGGAAUUUACUACCCUGUCCAAUCAGUAUCAGAAG